UGGAGGUUCAAAAUUUUGAUGCAAUUUCUCAAAGUCAGAGUCAAUUUUCAAAUAUACAUUUCGAAAAUUUCCCAAAAGGCUAUUCUGCAGAAUCAGUGGAUGAACUGAUUUGCAAAUUAUUUGACCCAUUACUACGAGUUGGUUAUUAUUUACUGUUGAUACCAUUCCGGCUUAAGGAGAGGAAUGGGAUUUACCACAUUCAUACCAAUUCAGUGCAGAGGAUUAUGAGCACCCUUGUCUUCACCCUAGUAUUUUUAUCUGGGGUGUCGGAUUUACGUCAUCAUUUUGAAAAGGGACUGAUGCCACAUCCCGAGAAAGCAUUUGUUUGGAGCUACUCACUAAUUCUAGAAAUAGGAUAUACUCCAAUUUGGUUUAAGACUUUUUGGGGAGGAAAAAAAUAUUUUGAGAAAUUAAUCAGGAAACAAAAAAUUAAUGUAAAUCAAGUAGAAUCUAAAUCACUGUGUCCCAAAAUUAUAAUGGGGGUCGUAAUCUACACAGAAAUGAAAUUACUACUUGAGCAAAUUUAUAGCGACAUAGUUGUCAAAGGAUGGGUUGGGAUGUUACAAUAUUACGGUGGAAUUGGACUGUAUAACAUUCACUUUCGAGACGACGAACAAUUGGAAGAAGAGGAACUAUUUUCACAUUGGAGUAUUUUCAUUUUCUCAAUUGGUAGCACGCUGCUAAUGAACUUGUUGCGACAAGUUGAACAUUUAGUCGAAGUUAUGGCUAUCGUUGGAGCAGUGGCGAUGUAUUGGACAAGUUGUAAUUUUAUUAAGUGUUUGAAUCGAUAUGAUUCAUUUACUGGGAAUAAUAAUUAUUAUUAUUCUGAUGAGAUAAUAAGAACGUACUUGAGUUUUGUUGAAAUGAUGUCUACCAUAAAUUUUAUUUGUGGAUGCAUCGUACUCAUUUACAUGUUGGGAAUGGUUCCCACAUUCGUUUGGUGUGUGUUUGGAAUUUUUGAACUAAAUUCAUUUGAAUAUUUACUGUAUUACGUGCAUAAAUUUAUCAUGCACUCGAGUUUGCUGAUUAUUGCGGCGGAGGCCAAUGCAGAGGCUAGUAAAUUUACUGAAUGGAUUAUGAGAUUCGUCACUGGUCGUCAUAGAAGAAAUGAUAACGAAAGCAUUGCGGAGUUGGAUCAAGAUAGAAGAAAAGAUGAUGAAUUUUCAACAUUUCUCAAUUUUUCACAUAGAGAAAUGUGUACAAAUCCUGUUGGAUUGAAGGGUGCUGACUUCUUUACUAUUUCGUACGGAUUUAUUGGAACGACCGUGAGUGUCAUCGUGACAUAUGCCGUUAUCAUGUUACAAUUUCAAGUUGAAAAAUAUCAAAAAUUAAAUAAACUUAAUUCAACAAUGGGAUGCAAUUGUUCCGAGUGAAAAUAUGAAGCAAAAUAAAGAACAAGAUUGUCUUAAAUGAGAAAGUUUAA